UGCAGGACGAUGAUCUGCUCUCACUCACAGCGCUCACACUGACUCUACACACACACACACACACACACACACACACACACACACACACACUCACCAAACUGUGGGAACAUGUCGCAGUACACUCUGCCAGUUCACCUGCAGAUCCUGCUGGCUGUGGGUCUGGCUGUGUUCUGCUACUGCCUGGUCCUCGGCUGCAUCCUUUGCUGUCGCAGAAAGAAGAAGAGCGUGUCUUCGGAGGACAGGGAGGCAGGCGACCUGUCUCCUCAGCGUGCAGAGAGGGUGACUGUCACGCUGAGUCCGUCUCCGUGCACGCAGCCCGUCAAACAGCAGUAUGAGGAGCUGGAUGGGCACGUGCUGGAGUUUCCUUCCUCCAAAAGCAGCUCCUCUCCCUCUGAGGAUGACCUCCCUGCUCUGCCCUCUGACUCCAGCUCCAACAGAUCAGCCGAGCCGUCUCCUGCCUCUUCUUUUCCGAUGCGCCGCCUCAGCACCCCAGCUGUUCCCUCCUCUCCCACUAAACGCUCCAGCCAUGGCAGAGCCUCCCUGCCCUCCAUCACUAAACUGAGCCUGGUGUCAAAGUCUCGUCGGGCGGCUGGUCGACGCAGCACUGUGAGCGGGGAAAGUUUUCUGUACAGGGAGAGCAGUCAGCUAACUGCAGGUGCUGCUGGAGCCUCCAGCCAGCAGGGGGAGCCAAUUCCGUCUCAGUAUGGUUCUAACUCUCUCUCCAUCCCGUCCAAAUCUGCUCCUCUCCUGCACUUCUCCCUGCUCUUCUCCUCAGCCUGCGGCACUCUGGUGGUCAACAUCCUGGGCCUCUCAGGGACCAGUCGGAGGCGCAGCGGGGUGUCUGUCCGGGCCAGCCUUCCUCCCCUCUGCCCCUCCCCUCAGCAGGUGGCAUCUCGGCGUCGCAGCCUCAGCCCAGACCUGCACAGCCAGAGCUUUGCGCUGCAGGUGGGCUCUGUGGAUGAGCUGCGCACCUGCACCCUGAGGCUGGCGGUGUUCAGCAGAGACUUCUCUGGCCUGAGAGAGGCCGCACUGGGCGUGGUGGAGCUGCCCUGUGAGCACAUGGAAUGGGAGCCAGACAGCACCACCACCUACACCAGGCAGCUUAUCCCGACUAAAAGCAAGCUGAAAAAGAGUACGAGUUCUCAGGAGGCGUUGGGUCAAAGGAAGAGCUCGGGGUGUACGCCGCCACGGGCUUUGGGCCAGCUCUUCAUCCUGCUGCAGUACCAGUCUCUGGCAAACCGCAUCAAAGUGAUGGUCCGAAAGGCCGAGAAUCUCGCCAAGCUCACACGGAUACCAGGAGCUGCAGACCACUACGUCAUCAUCAACCUGCGCUGGGAGGGGAAAGUCAUCGGGACUAAGGAGACUAAAGGGGCGAGAGGUCCAAACCCGGUGUGGAACGCUCCCUUUCUGUUCGACCUGCCGCCAGGUGACAUCACUCAGCUGCCAUUGGCCCUGGAGUUCAUCGUCAUGCAGGGCCGACUCUACACGAAGAGCAGCAUUCUGGGCCGCGUGCUGAUUGGUGGAGACAUUUCAGAGGCGGGACGGGGACACUGGAAGGAGAUGUGCAGUCGGGGGCAAACGGAGACGGCUCGCUGGCACAGCAUCCAAUCAGAGUGACCGCUCAACUACACACCUUUUGUCUUCACCUUAAAUCUUUAUCUCUUUCUUUGUACGGCGGCUAUUACACCAACAUGGCCGAGCGUCUGCAGAGCGUCACAAAGACGAGCGGUGAUGGCGCCGCUCCUCCACGCCGCCUUGUGAUCCUUUACGUCUGUAUAACUGUCAUGGUGGCUGUUUUUGUGGCGCUGUGUGAAAAAAGCUACAGAUGUGAAAUUCUGACAUCAGAGAUGUGAAACGUUCUUGUGGUUAGCUGUGAUGUGUUACCGUGCCAGUAUCUGUCCAUCUCCUCUCCUCGCUAACAUGUAUGAGUUCAUUACUGUUAGGCCCCCGUGUCCACAUGGCGUUUUUCUGUUAGCACC